CGGAUUGGUAUGAAGAUCGGAGGAGUGGGCGGAUCCGAGGUGUGAUCAGUCCAGGAAGAUAUCUGGGCAUACCGUCGGAAUAUGUGCUGAGACUCAAGAUUCCCAAGAUCUCUGACUCAGGCCUGCUGGUUGGAAACUAGUCGGAUGAUCGGCCCACGGUAGAAGGAUUCGAUUACAAUGGGCUGAUGAUCUGAAGGUUCAUGGCGUGAGCUCACAGGAGGAGGGUAUUGGCUUGUUCCCAGGUGCGAUCGUCGGUCUACGGGGUCGGAAUGGGGGAGGAACUUACUUCAGCGUCCAGGAGAUCUUAUCUAUGCCGAUGGCAGAAGGUGCAUCGACCAACCCCAAGACGCUAUUGAGUUAUCUGUCCAACCCAUCAACCCCCAUCUCCUUGGUUGUGGCUUGUGGACCAUUCACAUGGGAUAAUGAUCUGGACUUUGUGCCGUUUGAAGCGUUCAUCGAUCAAUUAAUACUCGACCAGCCCGACUGUGUGAUCCUCCUGGGUCCAUUCAUAGAUACUAAUCACACCUUGAUUAAAACCGGGAACAUCACUCAAAUGCCCAGCACGAUUUUCCGCGAAAAGAUCUCGAGUCGGCUGCAUAAAUUGGUUGCGAGUUCGCCACGGACGCAUGUGAUCCUGAUCCCAUCGCCGCGGGAUCUACUGGCCAGUCAGGUAGUCUAUCCACAAGCCGCCCUGAAUAUCAAAGAUCCGGAACUCGGCUUGUUUGGAAGGAAUAUAGUCUGUUUGCCGAAUCCUUCAAUCAUCAGCAUCAAUGAGGUCAUCAUCGGAAUCAAUAAUGUCGACGUCCUGAUGCCUCUUAAAAAAGAAGAGUUCUUUAAACAAGCUACCGUGGUCGUCGAUGAGGAGACUGCUCAAGAGGGGACAGAUCCUAACGCUACGAAUGUUAUUUGUAGAGCUUGUAGGCAUGUGAUGAGACAACGCAGCUUUUAUCCCCUUUUCCCACACGCGAUCGGGAUCGGAAUGGAUGCGAUUAACCUGGAUGUGACCCAUCUAGACCUACUCAAACACGACACAGUCGGCGCGGAUAUCCUGAUCCUACCCACGAACUUUACCGCAUUCGUUAAGUCGAUCGAUUCGACGGUCGUCGUUAACCCCAGACAACUGUGCAAAUCUAGAGGCACAGGCACCUUCGCCCAUCUCACCAUCCAUAGCUUCGAUCACCAAAGUCUCGCAGCCGCUUUGGCCCAAUCUAACGAAGAUGAGGAUGGAGUCGAUCAUGUCAUCUUCGAGCGGUGUAGAGCUGAUAUCAUCAAGCUGUAAUCUCUCUCUCUCUCUCUCUUCUUCUUCUUCUUCAAUCCUCUAACCGCUUCAUUUUUUUUUUUUUUGCUGUUG